AUGCCCGAGUCCACCGACCCCCAGAUUGAGAGCGCCAAGCCCCGCGCCAGCUACAACACUAUCGGAGGCAUCAACGGACCGCUUGUUGUCCUCGACGGGGUCAAGUUCCCUCGGUUCAACGAGAUUGUCACCCUGACCCUGCCCGAUGGCACGGAGCGCUCCGGUCAAGUGCUGGAGGUGUUCGAGGGUACAUCUGGCGUUGAUGUCAAGAAGACCAAAGUCGAGUUCUCCGGUCACAGCUUGAAGCUUGGUGUCUCUGAGGACAUGCUGGGUCGUGUAUUCGACGGUUCAGGACGUCCUAUCGACAAGGGCCCUAAGGUGCUGGCGGAAGAAUACAUGGAUAUCAACGGAAAACCUAUCAACCCCUACUCUCGAGUCUAUCCUGAGGAGAUGAUCUCCACUGGUAUCUCUGCUAUCGAUACCAUGAACUCAAUUGCCCGUGGCCAGAAGAUCCCCAUUUUCUCCGGUGCUGGUCUCCCCCACAACGAGAUCGCAGCAAGCAUAGCCAGACAAGCAAGUCUGGUCACCAAGAACGUCCAGGAUGCCCACGGUGAUGACUUCGUGAUUGUUUUCGCUGCUAUGGGUGUCAACACCGAAACCGCCAAGUUCUUCACUCGCGAAUUCGAAGAAAACGGCAGUAUGGAGCGUACCACUCUUUUCCUCAACUUGGCCAGCGAUCCCACCAUCGAGCGUAUCAUUACCCCUCGUCUGGCUCUGACGACAGCCGAAUACUUUGCCUACCAGCUUGAGAAGCACGUUCUGGUUAUCAUGACUGAUAUCUCAGCUUACUGUGAUGCUUUGCGUGAAGUUUCCGCUGCCCGUGAAGAAGUCCCUGGACGUCGUGGUUACCCCGGUUACAUGUACACGGAUUUGGCGACUCUCUAUGAGCGUGCUGGUCGCGUUGAGGGUCGUGAUGGCUCCAUUACUCAGAUUCCAAUCUUGACCAUGCCUAACGAUGAUAUCACGCACCCUAUUCCCGAUCUCACUGGAUUCAUUACGGAAGGACAAAUCUUCAUUGACCGUCAGCUAGACAACAAGGGUGUCUACCCUCCAAUUAACGUUUUGCCCUCGCUCUCCCGUCUCAUGAAAUCUGCCAUUGGUGAGGGCCGCACGCGCAAGGACCACUCAGAUGUGUCCAACCAGCUUUACGCAAAGUACGCCAUCGGUCGUGAUGCCGCCGCCAUGAAGGCCGUCGUUGGUGAAGAAGCCCUCUCCGCCGAAGACAAGCUCUCUCUGGAGUUCCUGGACAAGUUCGAAGACACCUUCAUCAGCCAGUCUGCCUACGAGGCUCGCACCAUUCACGAGUCUUUGGAUCUCGCCUGGAACCUACUGCGCAUUUACCCCAGGGACCUCCUCAACCGUAUCCCUAAGAAGGUUCUGGAUGAGUUCUACCCCCGUUCUACUCGCAAGAACGCUAGUAAGGAUACCCCGGCGCAACAAGGUGGUGACCUUAUCGACGCGUAA